UACGUUUACCCAUAGAAAUCCUAGCUAUUACUACGCUUACUGGAUAGUAAAAUCCUCUCUCUCGAACUCGGUUUCUGCUGUCAGCUGGUGCCCGCAGCCACUGCCGGAGCGUUUGGUUUGAUUAGAUUUCAGGGGGGAAAUGGCGUCUUUUAGCAGAAUAGUUGAGGCUGCUAAGAGAAUUACACAAAGCAACACGGUGAUCAAUGUUUGUUUAGUUGCUUCGUUUGUAACAUUGGGCUUAAGAUCUUUUAAUCAGCAAAGGACUAUUGACGCUCUUGAGGCUGAGAAGGAAAAUCUUGAAAAAAGUAACAAGUCUAUUAGAAAGACCAUAUGGGAUUGGAAACAGCAACUUUAUGCUGAAGCCUCAUCUGAUUCUGCUUUGGUUCCUCUUGCAAGGCUCAAAGCCAUCUAUGGCGAAGCACCACCUCCUCAGCGCCCUGCUCAUGGAGAUGCUGCGAGUAAAGAUGCAAAUUCAUCUUGUCCCACGCCCACCAAAUUAAUCGCCUGAUAUCUGCAUUGUUGUCAGGACUUUAGAAGUUUUUUGCAUUGGAAGACUGUUAAUAAAAUAUUUUCCAAGAGAACAGGAACAUAUUAUCCUAUCAUAAUUUGCUAUUUACUUAUUUUGAUUUGCAUGUAAAUGUAGAUCAGGAGGAAGUUAAAACGGUGAGAUUUUUAUUUUUGGAAGGACAAAGCCACUUUUUUUUUGUUUUAUAUUUUAUCCAUCUAACAGUUUUGGGGAGCAGAUGAAAACUAGACUCAAUUGGGAGGAUGCAGUCUUCAACUAUUGUCCCACUAAACCUCUCUAGUAGACUUCCACGGUGCAUGUAAUGGAUAACUUUUGCUGACAAAAAACGUUGGUUCAUUUUUUGUCAUUUUUGUCGACUUAUAAAUGUUGUGCACCCCUGCCUUGUUUGGUCGCUUGCAUUUGUGAGUAUGUGACCGUUACAACAACAAAUUCUCCUAGUUCUCGACCCUUGCUCAUUUAUCACUGUAUUCGAUUGCUGAUGUAACAAUUAUAGUUCAUCUGUAUACAUGAUACAGUACGUUAUUUUUGGAUAACAAUCUAGCUCUAAUAUGAUAUUGUCAUGUGUAAUUUAUAUUAAAGAUUUGGACAAGUUU